CAAUCUCUCCUAAUUCAAUAUCCGUUCGGAUAUUUUGAUACUUCGGUUCGGAUUUCGGUUCGGAUUUAUCGGAUCGGAUUCGGGUGCGGCUUCGGAUAUCGGGUAAAGUGCCCACCCCUAAUAUUAACUGAGUUUAACAGUGAAGUUAUGUCUGUGUGUGUGUGUUUGCUUUACCUAUUGUUCAGCUCAUGAGACUACUGCAAACUAUAAUAAUGAACUUAGAGAAGCAAGAGAUGCGCAGAAGUGAACUUUAUCCACAUUUACUGACACAAAAUGAUCUGACGUUGACAGAGUAUACACAGUAACUCUUGCCUGAAACGAUUUGUUCUCACACUUCUCAAGCCUUAACAGAGCACACUAUAGUUUUCUUUGUUACUUAUGAGAAAAAUCUGAAUUAAAUGAGGCUGUGAGUAUCCGAGAUCUAGUAAUGGCUGCCACACGCACAGGAAGGUUCGUUUUGAAGUACAACUUGAGCUAUUUGACUCUGUGUGUUAAUGGUGAAAGAGGAACAGAGAGAUAGUUAUUGGUCUCAAAAGCAAAGAUAGCUAGAAGCUGGAUUGAUAUGUAUCCCGGUUUCUUCAUUUGCAAGACAAAAACUAUUCUCGACUUUUAAAAUAAUAAUUAUAAAUUAUUCCAAUAAUUAUGUUAAAGUAUUGUUUAUUGAUAUCAAUAACUGGCCUUCUAGGCCGAAGAGAAUACUAUCAUCGGCAUGUCAUGUCUUAUAUUUGCUGUAGUGGUAUGUCACUAAUGCGAGGUUGUAUUUUCUUGCUUAAAAUAGUAGUGCUCUUGGGUGACCUUGCACACACAUAGUACUUGUAUGUUGAGGCCAAAGAAUGUGCGUUAGAUAACUUUUGACUAAUUAUGUACAAGUUCCAAGUGUGUAUGUGUAGCAUCUCAACCUGUUCAUCUGGCUUAUCACUGCCGUGGAAGUGUUACCAGAAUCAAAAGUGUUAAGACUAAUAAGCUUUGUGUAUAGUUACGUUUACAUAUACGUAGAAUUGAUUUCAUAAUUUAAAAAAACUGAAGGUAUAUGGUGCAUGUUUUUGUUCAACCUUUGUUCCCAUAUAAAUAUCAGUGGUUUUAUCCACUAGUCUUAAGAUUUAGUCCUACCACGUCUCAGUAAGUAGUACGUUACGUGUUAAUUUAAAAUUUACGAAGAUGAGUUCAUAAAAAAAUGUUGCUAGCAGAAUAAAUAUAUUUUCUUGUGGAAAACCCAAGGAAAUAAAGAUGAACCAGUCCAUGGGCCAUGGCGCCUAGACGCCUUUGCUCAACCAAAAAAAAAGAGAGCCAGUCCUUGGCGCCUAUAAACGCGGUUUUGUUUGUAAUUUUGUCGCUGUUGCCAAAGUCUUCGACAUCUACAUCACAGUUAAAUGUCAACUCGCUUCACUUUUUUUUUCUCUCUUGUAAAAAAUGUUCUCUCUUAUAUGAUCUACGCGCUACAUUUAUUUUCUUGGGGUGAAAUAAAAUAUUAAAUAUCUACGCGCUAAAUAACAAUAUAUAUACUAACCCUCGCAGGGUAAUCAUUUUAUUACAUUCUAACUUUUGCUCUAGCUAGUUUUCUUGAGGAAAGAUGCAGCCUAUCUUCCAUGCGAUCCUUCAAAACGAACUUCCAGCUUUUCUGAGUUUGGUGGAGGAGAGAGACUCGUGGCUAGAGGAGAGAAACGAUGAGCAACACAGCAACACGGUGUUGCACAUGGCUGCGAAGCAUGGACGUGGAGAAUUCGUAUCAAAGAUCAUCGAGCUCCGACCUUCCCUCAUAUGUUCCCGUAACGCAUACGGGAACACACCUUUGCAUCUCGCUGCUCUCCUUGGAGACGUAAACAUAAUCAUGACGAUGUUAGAGUUUGGACCGGAAGCCUGUUCGGCCCGCAACAACAACAACCAAACACCCCUCCACUUAGCUUGCCGCAGCAAUUCCGUGGAGUCUGCCACACUUUUUGCGGAAAAGAUACAAUCAGUCGGCCUCCACGAACUCAAUUUCGCCAUAUUAAGUGGAAUGGCUGGUAUUGCAGGGACUAUACUGGAGAGAUUCCCAGACCUAGCUAGGGAGGAAGCUUGGCCUGUCCAAGGCGGCUCGCUAUCAUCCCUGCUGCACCAUGCGUGUGACAGAGGAGACCUUGAACUGACAAGAAUAUUGUUAGGGGUCGAUGAAAGACUAGAUGAAGCUCUUGACACCAACGGUUUAUCACCUCUGCACCUGGCGGUCCUCCGAGGCUCGGUUGUAAUCCUGGAGGAGUUCUUGAACACGGCUCCGUUGUCUUUCUACUCUCUCACGCCAUCAAAAGAGUCAGUCUUUCAUCUGGCUGCAAGAAACAAUAACAUGGAUGCCUUCGUUUUCAUGGCGGAGAGUGUGGGCAUUAACAGCCAGAUUCUUUUGCAGCAAACAGAUGAAGAUGGCAACACUGUCUUACAUGUUGCUGCCUCCGUGGCUUGUGGUGCUCCGUUUGUGCAUUACAUUCGUAAGCGUACUGAUAAACGCUGCAAGAACAACAUCGGGUUUGCAGCUUAUCAACUGAUUCCUCAAGAAGCCGUAAACUUUGAGUUGUUAUCACGCUGGCUGAGGUUUGAUACCGAGACUCCAGAAGAACUGAAUAGUGAAGAGUACGAUGGUCACUCUAGACCAAUCCAACAACAAUCUCUAGGACGAGUUAAAUCUUUAGCUAUCUGCGGAAGCUCCGAUGCGGACAAGGUAAUACGGCUGCUUACGCUAAUCGGAAUAAACACAACAACGAUAGCAGAGAGAAAGAGAAAAAGUAAACAAAGUGAAGUGGAAAAAGGUCGUGAGAGCUUGGAAUAUGAGAUGCAUAUAGAAGCAUUACAAAAUGCAAGAAAUACUAUUGCGAUAGUGGCAGUCCUGAUUGCUUCAGUUACUUAUGCUGGUGGGAUAAAUCCUCCGGGAGGCGUCUACCAAGACGGGCCAUGGAAAGGCAAAUCCACUGUGGGUAAGACGACUGCGUUUAAAGUCUUUGCGAUAUGCAACAACAUCGCACUGUUCACGUCCUUAGCCAUCGUUAUUCUUCUCGUUAGCGUCAUACCUUACAAGAGGAAACCCUUGAAGAGGUUACUUGUGGCCACGCACAGGAUGAUGUGGGUUUCUAUUGGGUUCAUGGCAGCAUCUUAUAUUGCGGCAUCUUGGGUGACCAUACCACAUUACCACGGAACACGAUGGUUGUUUCCGGGCAUUAUUGCCGUUGGUGGUGGAGCUUUAAUUGUACUCUUUUCCUAUCUCCUAGUUGAGAUCAUCGGUCAUUGGUUUAAGAAGCUGAAUCGUGUGGGAGAUAUACCUUCCUUUGCAAGGACUUGUUCAGAUAUGGCCGUCUCAGGAAAAUCAGGCUAUUUCAUCUAUUGAAAUAUGUUUGAAAAUUUUAUUUAACCACGGUGUUGUUUCAUAAUAGAUCUUCGAUUCUUCUCUCCCUUUUUUUCUGUCAAACUAUAUAUGCUGCUGUUAAAUAAAAUUUGGUCGAUAGCAAAAUUGUUUCUAAAAGUAACCAUGUAUUUAAUGAAAAAAAAUAAUACACUCGUGUUAUACAACUUAGAACUAUAAACAUUUUUAAAUAAUCAUGUAAAAGUCAAAAAAUAGCUCGAAAGAAUGUCAAUAAGUUAAUCGGGUUUUCAGUCAUAUCCACGGAACCUAAUGAGUCUAUUUAUAUUCGGAUUGAGGGAAUGUGCAUUUCACUUAGACCAUGAUUAAACCGGGGUUCUUAGAGAGUGAGGUUCUUAACGGAAAUUAAGAAACUGUUUCUUAACUUCCGCUAAGAACCUCAUCCUAAGAACUCCGGGUUAAUCGUGUUUUUAGACACGAUAUUGCUCAAAGUAAUCUUUCCAAUUGAACGUAAUUAUUGGUUAAGUGCAAACCCUAUAAAUCUAGUAAGCUGUAACAGGAUAAGUUAGUUGAGCAUUUAUCAAUGGAAGAAAAUGCUUGCCCCCUUUCUUCUCCAUCUCUCCUCAGCCCUGCAGAAAUCUAGUAAGCUGUAACAGGAUAAGUCAGUCAUUUGCACCCCCUGCGUCAAAGACUAUUUCGCAUUAUUUUAGCUAUUCGCGUGGAUGAAUGAAAAAAAAAACACAGGACCUAUUGGCAUGUGACCAGCCUCGAGUUCUAUGCCCGUUUGUUUUUAAAAUGCAAAACGCAUUUUAAGCACAUGGCUAUUGUCAAAGUCUUGGGGAGACAAAGUCAAGAAAAAUGAAAAUUUAACAUGCACUAAAUACUCACAACUACGUAACCACUAUUAAGUCAUAAAUGAUGCAUAUAUGAAUACUGAAAAAUAAAGACUCGGAAGCCAUAUUAAAUGUCAACUCUCAUGGUCUACGCUAAGCGCAAUAUAAACAAAGACGUUGUAGUAAACCACUUGGAUCUCCCCUCUCAGUGUAAGAGUUUU